UGUCAGUGUGAGUGGACUAUAUCUGGAUCUGAGUGUUUGAAAGCAAAGGCAGACAGAGAGAGGUAUCUUCUCCCCUUCUUUGUCCCUCCUCCACCACAGUAGACUGCUCCUCCUCGCGCCGCAGUCGGUCUCUCCUCGCAUCCCGCCGCAAACAGGAUGACUCACAACAACCUUCACUUCACCCUCACCUUCAUUUAACCCAGCCAGUGUGUAUCCACACACACUGCGCCCCAUUUCUGCAUCCAUUCCCCGCUGAAACGGCAGCAGCAUGAUGCCCGACACGGCGGCCGCUGCUGCAUCAUCGACAAACAGCAGCAGCGACAGCGAGAGCUCGCGCCACAGACACCGAGCGCAGGGAGACGCAGAGCGGCCAGAGCAACAGCAGCACAGCGCUGCCCCUCAGCCCACAUCAGCGGGCGUUUUGGAUAAGCUGUUUGGGAAGCGUCUGCUGCAGGCCGGGAGACACAUCAUGUCCCAUAAAUCCUGGAUGAAGACGGUGCCCACAGAGAACUGUGAUGUCCUUAUGACGUUUCCAGACACCACAGAUGACCACACGCUGCUCUGGCUUCUGAACCACAUACGGCUCGGCAUCCCAGAACUCAUCAUCCAGAUCCGACACCACAAACACACCAGGAUGUACGCCUUCUUCGUCACAGCCACAUACGAAAAUCUUUUACGAGGGGCUGAAGAGAUGGGACUGCAGAAAGCUGUGAAGCCGGAGUUUGGUGGCGGUGCUCGCAGUUUCUCCUGUGAGGAAGAUUACAUCUACGAGAACAUUGAGAGUGAACUCUGUUUCUUCACCUCACAGGAACGACAAAGCAUAAUCAAAUACUGGCUGGACAAUCUCAGAGCUAAACACGGGGAGGCCCUUCACAACAUCCACUUCCUGGAAGGGCAGCCAAUCAUUCCUGAGCUGAAGGCACGAGGUGUGAUCCAGCAAGUCUUCCCGCUUCAUGAGCAGAGGAUUCUGGGACAGCUGACGAAGUCGUGGGUGCAGGCCGUGUGUGAAAAACAGCCUCUCGAUGAUAUUUGUGAUUAUUUUGGCGUGAAGAUUGCCAUGUACUUUGCCUGGCUGGGUUUCUACACCACUUCCAUGUUGUAUCCAGCCGUUAUUGGCUUUGUAUUGUGGAUGCUCACAGAAUCCGAUCAGACCAGCAGGGAUAUCUGUUGUGUGGUGUUUGCUCUCUUUAAUGUGGUGUGGGCCACAUUGUUCCUGGAGCGCUGGAAACGAAGAGGAGCAGAGCUGGCCUAUAAGUGGGGUACACUGGACACCCCAGCUGAGUCACUGGAGGAGCCCAGACCUCAGUUUAGGGGUGUGAAGCGGUGCAGUCCAGUGACGGGCUGUGAGGAGUUUUAUUACCCACCGUGGAGGAGGAGGGUGUUCAGAUGGCUGGUCAGCUUUCCUGUCUGUAUAUUAUGCCUCUGCUUUGUAUUUCUGGCCAUGCUCGUCUGCUUUGAGCUUCAGGAAUUUGUGAUGGGGAUUAAGGAGCUUCCACGUGUAGCAAGGUUUAUCCCUAAAAUCAUGUUGGCCAUCACUGUGACGGCGUGUGACGAGGUGUACAGAAAGAUUGCCUGCUGGCUAAAUGACAUGGAAAAUUACAGACUCCAGAGUGCCUAUGAGAAAAAUCUCAUCAUCAAAAUGGUUCUUUUUCAGUUUGUAAAUUCUUAUCUCAGCCUUUUCUAUAUUGGAUUCUACCUCAAAGACAUGGAGCGUCUGAAAGAGAUGCUGGCCAUACUGCUGAUCAUCCGGCAGUUUGUGCAGAAUAUGAAGGAGGUCCUACAGCCCUACCUGGCCGAGCGGCACCGAUUGGGUGAGCUGACGCUGAGAGCCGUUUGGGAGCUGCUGGUGUCUGCACUGCUCAAGUACGGGCGUCUCGCAGCAGGACGAGCGCAGGUCUCACCCAGCGACCCCACUGUGCUCGGAUCAGGCCUGUGUGGGCCACAGAUGGGGGACGAGGGUGCUCAAGAGAGACGAGAGCGCAAGUGUCUAAACGGCGGCUGUGGGGUCCCGGAUGAGGAUGUGGAGGCGGAGCCUGGCGAGAGGCCGAGCGAAGAAGAGAACGAAUCAGAGAGCCUCAUCGAUUGUGGCCUGAAGCUACGGAAAGUCAGCUUCAUUGAGAAGGUAGAGCGCAAGUCUGCCAGCUGCGUCAGCCCCGUGGACGACAGCUUCCUGGAGGAGGGAAGCCCCACCAUGGUGGAGAGGGGCAUGGAUCCCUCCUCGGUUUUCGAGAUGUGCGACGAUGAGGAUGAAAACGGGGCUCCGGAGAUGAAGGAGCUGACAGCCGAGCCGCUGGAGAGCAGCACUUCAGUCAGGCUCAGGAAGAGGGGACGGAGCUUAGAGAGGGCUGACAGUAAGACCAAGAGAGAUUCGUGGAUGGAUCCUCCUGAAGAGCAAGAAACCAACACGCUAACACAAGCCGAGAUGGAGAGCUGCAUGCAAACCUACCAGGACACUUUUCAGGACUACCAGGAGAUGUUUGUUCAGUUUGGAUAUGUGGUGCUCUUUUCAUCUGCCUUCCCAUUGGCCGCCAUGUGUGCCCUCAUUAACAAUAUCAUUGAGAUCCGGAGCGACGCGUUUAAACUGUGCACCAGCCUCCAGAGACCCUUCGGCCUGAGGGUUUGCAGCAUCGGCCAGUGGCAGACAGUGAUGGAAGCCAUGGGUCUGAUUGCCAUCGUAGUGAACUGCUAUCUGAUUGGUCAGUGUGGGCAGCUACAGAGACUGUUUCCCUGGCUUAGUCCUGAGAUGGCCAUCAUCUCCAUCGUCAUCCUAGAGCACUUUGCAGUACUACUGAAGUAUAUCAUUCAUGUGGCAAUACCAGACAUCCCCAGCUGGGUCGGAGAGGAAAUGGCCAAGCUGGAGUUUCAGCGCAAAGAGGCGUUUAAGAAGCACGAGCGUCAGGCACAGCAGCAUUUCCAGGAGCAGCAAAGGAGGAAGCGUGAGGAAGAGGAGCGCCAGCGGCAGGCGGAGUAUCAAGCCCGGCGUGAUCGAGACGAUGGCCGCUCGGACUCUUCAGGUGGCGACCACCACCAUGACAAGAGCCACAGUGGCAAAUCCAGACCUGGGGGUGGGGGAGGCGCUUCUGGGGGGGAGAAACCCAAACGUCCCAGCUCGCUUCUUGGAAACAACAAUGUCAUGAAACUGAAGCAGAUCAUCCCUCUACAGAACAAGUUUUCUUCCGGCACAGCCCGUUCCCCACAGUCGCCUACGGGUAAUGAACCAAAGUUACCAGGUUUCCUUAGUUUUAAGUUCCUAAAGUCUCCUGAGAACAAGAAGGAGGCGGCGACGGCUUCCGCUAGUGCGGCGCCAGCUCCUCCAGUCCAGGAGAGAGCGGAAAGGUCCCAAUCACCCAACAAAUCCUUCAAUCCUGGGAAACUCUUUAACUUUGGGAAAUCAGAGGGAGGGGCAUGUGUAAAUGGGGCACAACUUUCAAAACCAGGGGAUGGUGGACAGGUGCAGGACAAGCCUCCAACAAAGUCCGACCUCAACGGGGUCCCAGAUGAAAUCCCAUCCCCUUGUGGAGAGACUGGGGAGAAUGCAUCCUCAUCCGAUUCUGAUCCAUCAGGCCCUAAGAUGUAACACGAAAACAAAAGUAAAAAAAAAAACAGUGUGAGAAAAUGCUUAGUAACACUGAGGGCGGGAGAGUGGGAAUGGUUUUUGAGGCUGUGCAAGACCAGGAAGCUGUUAAGUUAAAGUCAUAAUGGGGAAUUCACUAAAAGCCCAGGUGUACUUAAUUUUCCGUGUUCUGCUACAUCUAGCGCACAAUUGUGCGUGCAACUGUGCUCUGUAGACACUGAACAUAGUGGUGUGUGCUCCACCUAGUGGACUUUUAUUUGUGAGCGCUGAAAUCACACAUGCACUGUUGUAUGUGCACAAGUACAAAAAUUGUGCAUGCAAGUAGGAUGGCGUACAUGGCAAAUAACGAAAAUUGUCAUGUGGACUGUUGGCAAGCCAGAGCGGAACACAGAUUAGGGAAGUUUACUUUUAGCUUUCGAAUACAUUGGGUUGACAGAUGAGCAUUGUGUAUUUGCACGUGUUGCGUUCUUUGUUUUAGCACCCGUUUCAGGUAAUGGUCACCAUUAGAGGUCAACCGAUAGUGGAUUUUACCGAUAACCGAUAACACAUUAAUCGACCGAUAGUUUUUAAAAUGGAUACCGCAUGAAAACAAACAAUACUACAAAUAAAAUAAUGCUGAGAUUUAUAACAAAAAAAUAGUAAUGAAUCAUUAAUAUGUACUGUAAUUUUUAAAUUAUAUGUAAAACAAUGAUUUGGGUCAAAUAUAAUGUAAUGUAAUUGGAAAACCCCCUUUAUAUUGAUAAUAAAAAAAUCACUGAAUUUGGAUCGUUUCUGAUUUGUUCAUAUGUUUCUGCCAGCUGCAUGAACAUAUCAGUUUGAUUUCUCACAUCACUAGUUUUAAAUAUGCAACUUUGCUGGCUAACAAAUGCAUAAAAGUGACCAGCUGGACAUGAGUAAUGCAAAUAGAUGGUAACAGCUGUGACUUUAAACAUUUGGGUCAAAGUUUGUCACAUUGUUUUACCCCUUGAGGCACUAUUAGCAUCCUCUCAGCCUUGGUUGUUCUUUCUCUACUAUUGUGGCAUAUAAACAAACCAUUAAUUGCUUUAUAAUGAUAUUAAACAUAUACUGUAGUUUGGUGUAUACAUAGUGUUUAGUUUUUCUGUUUUAAAUCGUCAUCUAAAGUGUCCCGCUCUGUGCAGCGUUCAGUCUCACAUGUUAAAACAGAAAGCACAUGGCUCGCCUCUAGAGGCAGCUCUCCUUCUGUAUAAUGACAGUGAAUCUUUUCAGCCACUCCCGCAAACAGACCCAACUUGGAAAAUCUAUCGGCAUGGAUUUACGCCGAUAACUGAUAAAUUCCACCUACUGACUAUCGGUGCCGAUUAAUCUCCAAAAGCACUUCAGUUGGCCUCUCGUCGCCACAAAUUUAAUGCUGACUGUACUUGCGCCUUAUUUCCAGACAAUAGCUGACAGACAGCUAGCGGUAAAAUGUUAACAGACUUUGCCAAAUUGGCGCAUUUUAUAAUGCGCUUCAUUUGCAUAGAAAGUAAGCUGACAACAACGAUGACUUCGUAAUUUAAGUACGCAUGGCGUAGUGCAGUAUCGGCGCAUAAUAUACAACUUGGUUAAGUUGGAUUGCAGCUGGUAAAUGACGCAUGUUUUCGUGCAGAAACGCUACAUGCUACAGUGGUGCAACUCUUUAGUGAAUUUGCCCCAUAAUGGUUAAUGCUUUGCUAUAUUUCAGAAAUAAAAAAAAAACCUUUGCAGAAAAGACCCCCCUCCACACAUACGCACACUUAUUCACACACACAUUGCCUUUUCUGCAACCCAAAAAGGAAUGCAUGAGCUGCGUUUCUGAUGGUUUUUAAAGUGCAGUGUUUAAUUACUAGUCUGAUAAUUGUAACAUAUUUUAUUGGGUUGCCGGUAGAAAAAACAUGGAAGAUCAGUUACCGCACAUUUUAUACCUGUCUCACAGUAUGACCUCCAAAAUACCAUAACAACUAUAAUCUCACAGGCAGCAGCAGUUCCAACUAUGGGUGAUGAAAACUUUUGUAUGUGUUUAAAACUUGGUUUAGUAGAGCAAUAGCAAACAAGCAAAAAUUACUGAUGGUUUAGUACAUCCAUACUGAAUAACAGACCCUGGAUGCCAGUGUUCAUGUUAAUUAAUAAGUCAGAAUCAAUAAUGAAAACUGCAAUUAAACAAAUGCAAAUGUACGGAGCCCUGCACAUGACAUGCAAGAAAAAGUAAAUGAAUUGUGUGCACGAUUUACUAAUUCGUUCCCUCAAUGUACUAAAACGUGCAAACGAUUGCUAUUGCAUUCCCUCGAUUUAAUAUUGCAUUCCCUCGAUUUGCUAAAUCGUGCGCACAAUUUAUAAAUUGAGUGAACAAAAUAGUAAUCGUGUGCACGUUUUAGUACAUUGAGGGAACGACUUAGUUAAUCAUGCACACGAUUUAGCCUAAUAUUUUUUCCUGCAUGUUGUGUGCGGGGUGUAUGGGUGUAUUGAUGUUGAUUAUUUAUUUGUCUGAAAUUAAUUUAUCCAUUUCACACUUUUUUGAAGUGCUGUCAUGAAAAUUGCUGCAAUCUCCUGAAUUUGAAGGUCAUCUUCACUUUGCAUUGCCACAAGGAUCCUUAUCAUUACAGUUCUGUUUAGAACCUUCAAGCUGAUAUGCUACCAAUAGUCCAGACUUUAACGCUUCUUAAUUACAUCACAUCAGAUUGGAAACUACCCUAAACUGUAAGCAAGAUUUCAUACACCUCCAAUCAAAUGUUUGGAUGCACUGAAAAACCUUUUGGUUACUGCUUAAAAGACAAAUUUUACGAAACUUUGAAAGAGCUUCAAUAUAGUUUAACAUACUUGGUCGCAGAAAUCAAACACAUUAUUAUGUAUAUUAAUUUUACAUAUAGAAAUAAAUUUGCAUAAUUCCAUUUUGUAUUAUUUCAUCAUUUUGAUGUCUUUCCUAUUUUCUACAAAUUUGGAAAUGUGUUUCCAAACUGUUGGCUGUAGUGAUUAGAUAAUAAUGAUUAGAUAAUUAAAUAUUAAUGAACCCUCCUGAAAGCCAAUGUAAGCAGCCUCAUUACAUAUGAAAUUAGUAUUUUACUUGUUGCCAAUUUUAGUUUAUUCAUGCCUACCUGUUUUUGUAAUUUAUUGUUAUUUUUUAUUGAAGAAAAAGUAGUAUUUGUCUGCUCUUUACACAUUAUGUAAGUGUAGGUUUGGAAAUGUGAAGGAAUAUGUAAAUGUUUCUCAAACAAACCGUCUCUGUCUGUAUAGAGGCAGUUUGAAUGUGUGUUUUUCAAACAACUUCUUUGAAUGACUAAGUUUGUCCUGAGCAACUAAGGGAGGGUUUUAUCUUAACACAAUGUGCUCAGAUAUUGCUGUCAAUCAAAACUAAUUACAGAAGUCACAAUAUCACACUCUUUAAAGGGAUUCUAUGAAGCAGUUGAAUCUCUGUAAAGCUAUUUAUAUUCCAGCGUGAGGUCAUGAAGAAACAAGAGGUGCCUCAAGUCAUGGAAUAUAUAACAUUUUGACUUUUAAGUUUAUAGAAAACAAAACAAACUAUGCAUUCAGUUCUUUAUUUGGUUGACAAGAUUUGCUGAACAGAUGUUGCAAUAAUAUCUUUGGCCUGAAUGGAAAUUUUAAACUGUUUUAUGUUCUAAAUUUGUCUAAUACACGUUUACCAAGCCGUUAAUUAUGGUUAAGAGAUCAGUUUUCAAUUCAUUUCAUUGAAAAAUUCAUCCAUUGCUACAAUAACCAGCAACAAUAUACUUCCUUUUGGCAUGUUUCCACCAGAAAUUAAUUUAACGUCACAAAAUUUUAAAUUGCAUUAUUAUAUCCAAUAUCCAAAAUCCAAAAAUUUUAUUUGAUUAUAAAAUAAUUUCCGUUUGGAGAAAUGGCUGGAUGCAUUACAUUUUCAGUGUUAAAAAGAGUAAACAUGUUGGUCACUGCUUUUAUAUAAUGAGUUAUCUGUCACAUAAAAUAGAUUUUGUCUUUUAUUUUGUGUGAUAUUCCCUUGAUGGAGUCUCUGACUGAUGGCCUGUAAGAAUGUCUGUGAUUAUAAAUGGGCAGAAAAAGUCAAAAGCUGGUGAAGAAUUGAAAGUGUUUGUUAGUAAGAGGCAUUUUUUGGUUGGUUGGUUGCUUUAUUUUUGAACUGAACUCUGCAAUAUGAUAGAUCAUAGUCAUUUCUGUAUCAUUCAUCCAUGUCAUAGUCAGACCAUCAGCUCUGGCCUAAUAAAUUCAAGUUUCUGUUAUUGUUGUUUAAUUGAAUGAUUUGAGUAGUUAAGCACUACAAGGCUGCAUAGGCUUGUUGUCUAAGAACUGCUUUACAUUGGGUCUAACUGUGAAAUCUGAACUGAUUGUGAUGAGGAGCCACAGAAUUUCUGAAGGCAACCUCACAAACCUAUCAUGAGCUCUUCCAAUGUUCCACUGUAAAACUUUUCUUUAUUAAAGAAACAAUAUUAGGGAGUGGGAUUAUUUAUUUCUUUUAUUUUGUCAUAUUUUUGUAAGAACUGAAAUGGGGAUAAUAAACAGAUUUAAAUUUA